AUGCCUUCAGCGAACACCGAAGACUUGCGGCGAAAGUUUCUAGUUGUCCAGCAGCAGCGCUCGGCCCCGCCCAAUCUUGCCGGCGAGGGUCACAUCCCCGGCACCACCCACGGCAACACACUGAUGAUGACAGCCACCGCUGGAGCGGGCGGUAUAGCUGUGGGGGGAGCUGCUGGCGAACCGGAGCGCACCUAUGUGUUUCCGGGCGGGAAUCCGCUGAUAGGUAGCGUACCCGGCAUGCCGGUGGCCAAUCCUGCGGGACCAUCACGCGGCCAUGCGCGAUCCGUUAGCCACGGCGGCGGCGCCAUUGUCGGGGCCAAUGGGCGGCCCAUCAAGUCCGCGAUGAAGGGCCACCAGCGAGCGUUCUCGCAGGGGCAGAUCACGGACUCGCCGCCGGGCAGUGCCGCGCCCUCGGGUCGGGGCCACAGUCGCGUUGGCUCCAAGACAGACUUUAUCCUGCCGCCGGGACACAAGGAGGAGGCGGUGCGCGAGCCCUCGGCGCCCACCUCGGCGACGGGAGGACGCGGUCACUCCCGCCAGGCGUCACGCUCCGAGUCCAUCUACACGCUGCGACGCACUGAGGCGCCACCGUGGUGGAAGCGGCUGACACUCUGCAACUACAGCACCGGCGACAAGUUUGAGGAGCGCAGCUACCGCAUGGUGGUGCCCAAUCACACCGUGCCACCCAAGACGCCCAAGCGGGAGCAUCCCAACGGGCAGUUUGUGGGCAACAAAAUACGCACCACCAAGUACACCCUCCUCUCGUUCAUUCCCAAGAAUCUGCUGGAGCAGUUCCAUCGCGUGGCCAAUCUGUACUUUAUCUUCAUCGUCCUACUCAACUGGGUGCCGGCAAUCAAUGCUUUUGGCAAGGAGGUGGCCAUGAUCCCGGUGCUCUUUGUGCUGGGCGUGACAGCGGUCAAGGAUUUGUUCGAGGAUCGUCGGAGAAGAGCCUCCGAUAAGCGGAUAAACAACACCACAUGUCGGGUGUACGAUGGUGAGACGGAGCGCUACAAGCGUGUGAAAUGGCAGGACCUGCGUGUCGGCGACAUUGUCCAUCUCUCAAACAAUGAGACAGUGCCUGCAGAUAUUUUAUUGUUGCGCAGCAGUGACCCCCAUGGGGUAUGCUACAUAGACACCUGCGAUUUGGAUGGCGAAACGAAUCUGAAGCGUCGCGAGGUUGUACGUGGCUUUGAGGAGAGGCAGAGCAUAUUUGUACCUAGCAAAUUUGUUAGCCGCGUGGAGGCGGAUGCGCCGACAACAAAAUUAUAUAGAUUUCAUGGGGCCUUAAUACAUCCAACUGGGGAGCGUGUGCCCAUAUCGACCGAGUGCCUUUUGUUAAGAGAAAGUAGACUGAAGAAUACGGACUAUAUCGAGGGUAUUGUGGUCUAUGCGGGACAUGAAACAAAGUCAAUGCUGAAUAAUAGUGGUCCAAGGUACAAGCGCUCCCAGGUGGAACAGCAAAUGAAUAUUGAUGUGAUAUGGUGUGUGAUAAUACUGUUUAUUUUGUGCAUUGUUGGGGCCAUCGGCUGCACCAUGUGGCUGAGUUCAUUUACAAAUUUUCCCGUCCCGUACCUGCCUUUCGAGGUGAAUGCCAAUCUCGAGGGCAUGUGGACCUUCUGGACGUACAUAAUUAUACUGCAGGUGAUGAUACCGCUGUCGCUGUAUGUCACCAUCGAGCUGUGCAAGAUUCUGCAGGUCUUUCACAUUCACAACAACAUUGAUCUGUACGAUGCGGACACCAACAAGCAGACCGAAUGUCGUGCCAUGAACAUCACCGAGGAACUCGGCCAAAUCCAGCACAUAUUCUCCGACAAAACGGGUACCCUCACCGAGAACAAGAUGAUCUUUCGUCGUUGCGUCGUCAAUGGUGCGGACUACAAUCAUCCGCCCUCGGAGCUAGAGAAGAUGUACUCGAAGCCGGGUGCUCCCGCUCCUCCACUGGUGCCCAAUGACACGCUGACGAAUGACAUGGCGCUGCUCACGCAAGGAUCGUAUCUCACGCCACACGCACAGCGAAUACAAGAGUUCCUCGUGGUGCUGGCGAUAUGUAACACGGUGAUUGUGAGUGCGGCACCGCAUCGGGAUCUGAUGAAUGCCAGCGGCAUCAUUGAAGUGCAGCAGCAGCAGACGGGCUGCAGUCCGGCGAACCUAAACCACAACAAACAGCGACAAAAGCUGCUGGCUAGCAGCACGACGACCACCACAACGACGACGACAACCAUACUGAAUGGACAACCACAGCACCAGCAGCACCAGCCGGGAUCCAUCCCAGUGGAUCGUUAUAUGCGGCUGGCAGAGUCACGUUCCGUGACGCCUUCACCACCGCCCAAUCUAAUAUUUGCAAUGCCCGCACAGAGUCAUCAGCCAACGCUGUCGCCCAUCAGCAGUUCGGCGGAAUCGUCGCCCAACUCGGAGUCGGAGUCGCCAUCGCCGCCCAUGAAGAGCAAGGCGCUGUCCAACAGCAUCUCGCCCACGGGCAGGGCCAAGGCGGCCAUUAACUCGAAGAUUACGAGCAUAGCGACCUUCCUGAAUGCCAAGACGCAAGGGAAGCGUCUGAAAAUGACUUCAACCAAAACGGAGAACAUUUAUAGAACCGCCGAUGGUCGUCCUCUGUACGAGGCCGAGAGUCCGGAUGAGUUGGCUCUGGUGAACGCUGCCUACAGCUAUGACUGCUGCCUGCUGAAUCGCAGCCCGAACCACAUCCUCGUGAGCAUGCCCACGGCCAGGGCCACCGUCGAGUAUGAGAUACUCAAGAUUCUGCCCUUUGACUCGAGUCGCAAGUGCAUGUCGAUUGUGGUUCGUCGCACGGGUUCCCAGGAGAUUGUGCUCUACUGCAAGGGUGCGGACAGCACGAUCAUGCCCGUCCUCUCGCCGUGUCCGCACAACAGCCCCGAGGGCAUACUGCGAGAGCAGACCCAGCAGCAGCUGGAUCGCUAUGCGCGCGAAGGUCUGCGCAUUCUGGUGAUGGCCAAGCGCACCCUGAACUCGGCCGACUACACGGACUGGUGGGCGCGGCAUCAGGAGAUUGAAAUGUCGCUGGAGAAUCGCGAGCGCAGAUUGCGCGACUCCUUCGCAAAGCUGGAGAGCAAUCUAACUCUGCUGGGUGCCACGGGCAUUGAGGAUCGCCUGCAGGACGGUGUGCCCGAGACGAUAGCCUCGCUGCUUGCGGCAGGCAUCUCCGUGUGGGUGCUGACGGGCGACAAGCCCGAGACGGCCAUAAAUAUAGCAUAUUCUGCCAAGCUUUUUACACAGCAAAUGGAGUUGAUCAAAUUGACAGCACGUUCCCGCGAUGCAGCCGAGACGGCUAUCAAUUUUUAUCUGACGGAUAUGGAGAAUGCCAAACCCACAUCCUCAAUCGGCUACAGCCAGACGCUGCGCAGAAAGCCACGCGCCUUGGUAGUGGAUGGCAAAACAUUGACUUUUGUAUUGGAUCCAAAAUCCAAAUUGAUUCUGCCAUUCCUGCGACUGGCCAAACGUUGCGCUUCUGUGCUCUGCUGCCGUUCCACGCCACUGCAAAAAGCCUACCUGGUUAAGGUCGUCAAGGAGGAGCUCAAUCUGCGCACAUUGGCCAUUGGAGAUGGCGCGAAUGAUGUGUCCAUGAUACAAAUGGCCGAUGUGGGUGUUGGCAUCUCUGGACAGGAGGGCAUGCAGGCGGUAAUGGCUGCCGAUUUCACGCUCUCUCGCUUUCGCUACCUGGAGCGACUGCUGCUCUCACAUGGCUAUUGGUGCUACGAUCGUUUGUCGCGCAUGAUACUUUAUUUCUUCUACAAGAAUGCGGCCUUUGUGUUCCUGAUAUUCUGGUAUCAAUUGUAUUGCGGCUUCUCUGGCUCUGUGAUGAUGGAUCAAAUGUAUUUGAUGCUGUACAAUCUGAUAUUCACCUCACUGCCGCCACUGGCCAUUGGUGUCUACGACAAGCGAGUGCCCGAGGAUUUGCUACUCAAGAAUCCAUAUCUCUACAAGAAUGGUCGCUUGGGCGUUGCUUACAGGCCUCACGACUUUUGGUUGAUAUUACUGGAUGCACUCUAUCAGAGUCUGGUAAUUUUCUUUGUGGCGCUGUGCGCCUAUGCGGAGAGCGAUGUGGGCAUCUGGGAGUUUGGCACAACGAUCACAGCCUCCUGUCUGUUUGCCAAUUUGGUGCACUGUUGCAUUGAAAUACGUUCCUGGACUGUGCUGCAUGUCAUAUCCAUUGUGGUUAGCCUGGCCUCCUUCUACCUCUUCUCGUUUGUGUACAACUAUUGGUGCGUCAAUUGCUUUGGCCUGCCCUCCACCUAUUGGGUGAUUUUUGUGUGCAUCUCCUCCGCUGUUCACUGGCUGGUGAUCCUCCUAUCGACAGUGGUGGCUGUGCUGCCACGACUUAUAUUGACAACGGUGCGCAUUUCGUUGUGCCCCGAUGACAGCACCAAGGUUCUACUGCACAGCAAGCGAGAGCGCAGCAGAGGUGAGGGUUUGUUAGUUACUUGGUCGCGCUCCACCUCAGCCUCAUCAAUAUAUAGAAUCACCGAUUAUGGGUCUAAGAAUCAGAUUAUAACAACGAUUACCUGAUCGAGCGCCAAAACACCUCCCUACGUUUCACUGCAACUAGAAACCUUACAAACAAAUAAAACACAUGUGUGCUUUCAGUCUAAAUAUGUGGCCUUUCGACACCGAUUAAUAAUACAAUGUUAUGUUAGUUAAUUACGCCCUUAGUUGACCCAUAGAUUAGUUGUCACUCGCCCCCCUAAAAGCAAUUAGUCUAAAAUGUACGAGUACUUAGUAACAAAUUGAAUUAGAUUGUUUAGCUAAUGCAUAGAUUCUGUGGAAGGAAACACUUAGGACCCAAAUAGAUAACCAGCAGUCUUGGUUGGAAUGUUAACUGGAAAGCAAUGGCACACCCCACCCCCCCUAUGUCGUAAUUUAUAUAUUUAUUUGUAUAUAAGAACCCGAUCUAUAACCAAGGCUAAAACCGCUACUUAUUGUUAAACAAAACUGAGAAAAAAUACACUGCUGCACUGUAGGUUUGUAUGACUACAAUGAUUAUGAUUACUUCACACCCCCCCCCCCCCCCCACUAGCAACUAAUUAAUACAUAUAUUAUAUAGUAUAUACAUAUAUCACCCACACAAC